AUGCGGCUAGCGUACCUCAGAGUGGCCCACGCGGUCCUCCAAGUCGUACGCUGUCUACUGUGGGACGCCUUGAGCCGGGAAAUGAAUACGAAUAUGCGUUCUUCUGGCAGUAAUGCUACGCGAAUUUUCAAACGAUAUCUGCGAAGUCGUAUUGGAAACCCGAUGCAAGGCAAAGCGAUGCGGGAAGGAUUCGAGGGAUUGCAGAGCCAGCCUUUCAAGCAACUACCCUAUCUCGACGCCGCAGCAUUGACUUGUGGGGUUGAUUGGCCCAAUGGCCACGACAGAAGUAGGGAUUUGCCCUGGAAAAGAAACCGACUUUGUCAGCGGCACAUUGGCUCCACAGUCAGCGCUCCACCCUUGUUUCCGAGAAAGAGGCUGCAGCUGAAGCUGGAUGGAAACAGGAAAGCCGUCCACAUUUUGGAUACCCUGCCAAUCGGAUCUUGUGACAUGAUCUCCGACACUAAUUCCCUCCUCAGGUCAGCUUCAACUCCUCCGGCGGAAACAGGGUUGAGUCGGAGUCGGAUCGCCGAAUCGUAG